CCGACACACGCCUCUUCCCCAUUCACACCCGGGAUUAAAGCGCCGCGGCUCCAUCCCGGACGUCACCUGAAGGUGCGGAGUCAAGGCCAUCGACCGGGCGCUGCGUAACCGGCAGCGAGGGGAACCGGAGCCGGGGGGGGGGAGCGGGAACCCUCCACAUCACCACCAUCAAAAUAUCUUCGUUUUUUUAUUUUCAUUUUUGAAAACAUCUCGUCUGAUCAGCGUGCACGAGUGCUCCGGUUUCUUCGUGCUGGAAGUCUGCGGAUGCAAUCACGGCUCCGGCUGAGUCCGCGCACGGCUCCCCCACACUGGUUCCAGUCACUGGCAACGCUGGUCACAGACCCACCGGAUGGACCGGACCUGAUUAUUUUCGGGCUACCUCUGUGAAGCAUUUCGGAAGUCGUUUUGAUCUCCUUUUUUAUUUGCAUGUAGGCUAAAUACAGAAUACACCAGGUGUAGCUCGUGUUGUGUCGGUCUGCUGGACAUUUAGCUAGCCGUUUAGCUGGCCAUCGGAGCGGCACGGACGGCGCCGACUGACUGACUGACUGGCCGACCGACCGUGCCGCAUGCGGGCUGCUACUCGGGCCCGUGCCGGCGCAUCGAAGCGGGCGCGUUCGAGUCGAGGGGGCCGUGGGACCUCGGGAGAUGCGGCGAGACCUAGCCGGGAAUAGCUAAACACCGCUGUGCGGUACCACAUUCCCGGAAACCCGGCUAGCCGUUCAGCUAACAGGAGCGUCAAAGGGUUGGGGGGGCUCGCAUCGUCACGCCGUUAGGUCGCCGUGCGGGGCUGAAGCCGCCUUCGCCGUCCCGGAUCUCCGGUCGCCCCAGGCGACGGGAUUCCGGGGAGCGUAACGCGGCCCCCUCCGGCCAAGACCGCGGUUCACUCGACCGCAGAUAGCGGCACUUAGGCAAGCCGAUGGACGGCCGUUAGCUGGACAGGUUGGCCGCGGACCCGGUCCGGUUGCCAAGGCGCUUCCCCAUCACCGUCCGGAUAACCGGGGCUGAUCGGGACGCCUGCCAGGCGGCUUAGCCGCUUUAGUAAUCCGGCCAGCAUCAGCGGUACGACCGCUAUCGUGUAAUACCACCCCGCAUCUGAAACGCACAAUAUAAUACAUCUGGAUAAACUUUUAUUCCCUUUUUAAUAGUCUAUUUUAAAAAAGUUGACCAGGGGGUAGUCGGUAGCUGGGACGUUUUAGUAAAGGUAGUUAGGAUAGCUGGCUGCAAGCUUCGACAAUUAAACAAUGCAGAAAUAUUUAAAAUAACUACUUUUUAAAAAAGUAACAACUGCUGCUGGACAGAAACAGUGUAGACGCAACUCGUUUAACUAAUUAAGAAGUAACAAACCGGGUGCAGUGUCUGACUACUGAUCAUCUAAAAUAUUUUUGUUUUGCAAAGUACUUUGCUUUAAAUUCCGUGAGGUAUUUUAGCUGAUAUUACAGUGAGAAUGACUGCUGUGAUUAUAUAGCGUUUAAAGUGCAGAUAAAAAAGUACACAAUGUUUGCUUUGUUAGGCUAUCGGUCUAUAAAUCCCUGUGGAUGACAGAGGUUGUGGGUCUUUAAAAAGAUCAAGAGUCUUUGGCCCUGGUUUUUUUUGUAUUUUUGAAUAUUUGUCUAAUUUUUUCACUAUUUGGACUAUGUAGCUGGCUGCCUAGCACCGAGGCACACUCUCAAAACUGGCCUUUUUUUUUAAAGGUGACGUUUUUGCUUUUAACGCUGCCGCUGGACUGUACAUAGGCCUGCAGAGUUUUUCUCCAGCCCUAACAGUGCUUUUUUUUUUUUUAUAAACACUUUUGGUUGCUAUGGCAUUUUUAAAUGGACCCAGGCUGCUGGACUGGGCCAAUUCACCUCCGCAUCUCCAGUUCAACAAAUACGUGCUGACGGGUUACAGGCCCAUUUCCUCGGUGCAGGACUGUGUGCGAAGCCUAUUCUACCUGCACAACGAGCUGGGCAACAUAUACACACAUGGCAUCCCGCUGUUGUGCUUCUUGGUGCUGCUCCCCCUCAACAUCCCCUGGUCCCAGAUCAGCGUCACCUGGCUGGGCGUGGUCCACUUCCUGGCCUGCCUGUCCCCGCAGCUGGGCUCCGUGGUGUACCACCUCUUCAUGAACCACGAGGGCGGCGAGCCCGUCUACCACACGCUGCUAACCCUCGAUAUGUGCGGCAUCUGCAUGAUCAACACUCUGGGCGCCCUGCCCAUCGUGUACAGCACCCUCCUCUGCUACCCCUUCAUCCGCAGCGCUGCCCUGCUGGCGUACAUCCUGCUCUCGAGCUACUCCAUCUACUGCGCCAUCACGGCGCGCAACCGCGUGCGGCGUCUCCGCUCCUUCGCCUGGCAGGCGCUCUUCCGCUUCUCCUUCUUCGUGCUGCGCUGGGUGGGCGUGGGCGGCGGCAGCCCCACGUCGCUGCGGCACUUCCUCACCAUGGACACGCUGGCUGUGUUGGGUGGCAUCAUCAACAUCAGCCGCAUCCCCGAGCGCUUCCGCCCGGGCCUCUUUGACUACUGGUGCAACAGUCACCAGAUCAUGCACGUGUUGGUGGUGGGAUCCAUCCUUUACCUGCACUGGGGUGUGCUGGACGACCUGCUGUGGAUCAACAGCUACCACUGUCCCUCCGACUGACGCCUGGGGCGUCCGGG